UAGAAGUAGUUUUCUUCAUUCUUUUGUCAGGAAUAAACAGUCCAGAUUUAAGAAGUCAUGUUCAGUCUGUGAGGGAGGUGCUUAUAGAGGAUCUUAUACUGACUGAGAGUUUCUCGAAACCAUUUCCAGAUCAGCAGCUCACUCCUCUUCAGCUCUUCUGUCACUUAUCAUUUAAGACUGUUCUGUCAAAUCCUAAAGGAAAUGAUUGACACGUUUCUGUUCUUCUGUUUGUGCUCAUGGAGUCUGGCUGGAGUGUUUGGUGUUGAUGCAGUGCAGUCAGUGUCAGUGACGGAGGGAGAUUCUGUCUCUCUAAAUGUGACUGAUGUACAGACGAAUGAUGAGAUCGAGUGGAGGUUUGGAGGAAUCCUCAUUGCUGAAAUCAACAUAAAGAACAAAAAGAGCACAUUUUAUAAUGAUAGUGCUGAUGAGAGAUUGAGAGACAGACUGAAGCUGGAUCAGACUGGAUCUCUGAUCAUCACAGACACCAGCACCACAGACUCUGGACGUUAUACAGUCACCAGCAGCAGAAGAAAUACUCUGCUCAACACAUUCAGUCUUUCUGUCUUUGCUCAUCUGCCUGUUCCUGUCAUCACCAGAGACUCUUCACAAUGUUCUUCCUCCUCCUCCUCCUCAUCAUCAUCAUCAUCAUCACAGCAGAAUUGUUCACUACUGUGUUCAGUGUUCAAUGUGAGUGCUGUGACUCUCUCCUGGUACAAAGGAAACAGUUUAUUGUCCAGCAUCAGUAUGUCUGAUCUCAGCAUCAGUCUCUCUCUACCUCUGGAGGUGGAAUAUCAGGAGAAAAACAGCUACAGCUGUGUGAUCAACAAUCCCAUCAGAAACCAGACCACACAUCUGAACAUCAGUGAACAUUGUCAGCCAUGUCCAGACUGUAUCUGCUGUUGUUAUACUUUUGAAGCUGUGAUCCGAUUGGCUCUCUCUGCUCUGGUGGGCGUGGCUGCUGUUGCUGUGCUGGUUAAUGACAUCAGAUCUACAGGAAGUGAACAACAUGGAAGAGGCCUUUUGGGGGGCCCAGUUGCAGGACAUUAUAAAAGAAAGGGCUUCGAGACACUGCAAAAGACACGAGACGUGAACAAAAAGUAGUUCGGUGGAGCGGGUUUAUAGGGAAAUUUUUUUUUUUUUCUCCAGGUACUUUGGAUGGGUUAAAUGCACACUGAAAAAAAGAAUUAGUAAAUUUACUUAAUUUUUAUUUGGCAAGUUUUUGCACAAGCAUUUUUCAAGUAAAUUUACACAUUUGGAAAUUAAGUAAAUCUACUUAACUAAGUUAAGUAAAAAAAAAAAAAAAAAAACUAAUAAAUACACACUAAAACAUGUUGGGUUAAAAAUAACCCAACAAGUAACCCAACUAUGGGUUGGUAUAGCACCUUCCCAUCUAUGGGUUAUUUCAACCCAACCCAUUGGGUUAAAAUCCUGUUGUGUUAAAAGUUACCCAACAGUUGGGUUAAUUAUUUAUAUUAAUUAACAUCAGUAUAUUUAUUAAAAAUUACUUAAUACAACCAUAUUUUGAAAAUACUUUGUUGUAACUUACAGAUUUUAUUUUAAUAUGCAAUUAACACAUUUACAAAUAUAUUUUAAAAUAUUUUAUUUAAAUGUACAAGAAUGUGUAAAAAUACAACAGACAUUUUCAAGAUGUACAAAUGUGUCGAUUCAUAUUCAUAUCAAAACACACAAAUGUGCUAAUACAGUUCACAGCUGUGGCCUAAUGGUUAGAGUUGGACCUUUAACCCAAAAGUCGCAGGUCUGAGUCUCUGUGCUGGCAGGAGUUGUAGGUGGUCGGGAGUUAAUGAACAGCUCUCUCUUCCACCCUCAAUACUCAUGGCUGAAGUGCCCUUGAGCAAGGCACUGAACCCCCAGUUGCUCUUCGGACACUGGAUCUAUAGCUGCCCACUGCUCCAGGUGUGUGUUCACUUCUCACUGCUGUGUGUGUGCACUUGGAUGGGCUAAAUGCAGAGCACCAAUUCAGAGUAUGGGUAACCAUACUUGGCAAAUAUUACGACUUUCAAAUAAAAUGAACAUAACAUAUAAUAAAACAUAUAUAAUAAAUAUAAUAAUAAAAUAAUAAUAAAAUCAAGUAAUAAUAAUAAAAAAUAUAUUGCUGGACCUACUGAUGAUCAAUUAAAUAAAAAAGUGUUUUACUGAUUACUAAAUACAAAGUUUUUAAGGAGGAGACAGUGUGCAGAAGACUGUGUGUUCCAAAAACUCUCAAAUGGGAGCAGAGGGCUUUGGGAAGUAGAUGUCAUAUACAAAGAAAAGUUUGAAACACAGAUCGACUGCUUGUAGUAUCGUCUUCUGUUCCAUCUUCUCCCUGUUUAAAAUAAUACAAACUUGGGAGGAGCUUUCCUUGUCACCAAGCACCAGGACAUGUGGAUUCUGGCUUGUCUUGUGAUUCAAGUACAGCACUAAUUAGUGCCAACCUUAAAAGAAUUUAAAAAAAAGUUUAGUUAACAUGCAUUGUGAUGAUAUUUCAUUGAUACACUCACUUUACAAAUUAGUGAAUUUAAAUGAGUUAAAAGCUAUAGUGAAUUUAAAUAGGUUAAAGUGAUAAUUCACCCAAAAAUGAAAAUUCUGUCAUCAUUUUUUUAUUCAAAAUAUCUUCUUGGAACUAUUUGUAUUGUACAACGUGUGUCUAAUACAAAAUAAAUAAAGGUGACUUGACUACGCA